CGACGGUUGAAGGGAAGUGGAAGGUGACUGGUUUUAUUAUGAGUUUAUUUGUUUUAGCUUAGGAACCGAAAAUAUUUAGUAGUUUUGGAUAUUCAUUUUACAUCAGCGCUGGAUUAUGAAUGCUGUGUUGUGGGUUUGGGGGACUACUAAAAAGUUUUAAACUCAAGUUCUCAGAGGCCUGUGAUAUGAGCUGAGCACUUUUGUGAAGUAGCACUUUGCACCAACCAUUGCUGAGUCAUUUACAAGGAAGUGUGGAGUAUGUUGGCCAGUUGUUGUAACUGGCUCUGUCUGGAUUUAUCCACUGUGGAGGAGAGCAGUACUACCAGAUCUAGCUCACGCCACCAGGCGUACACCAACUCUGGCUACAACAGCUACCCAUCACCGCCAGAGCGCAUGUGCACAGCGUGUGGAUGCCACUUUAACACUCUAGACACAAGGUACUUAUGUGUUGACUGCAGAAAGAACUACUGUGAGCGCUGUUCAGCCCAGGUAGAGGCCCAUCCACGGAUGUGCCUCACAUGUCUGCGCUUCCAUGGCACCAUGUUCGAGCGGGCGGAGCUGAUGAAGCUGAAGGUAAAAGACCUGCGGGACUACCUGCAUUUGCAUGAAGUCCCCACGCAAAUGUGUCGAGAGAAAGAAGAACUCGUGGAGCUGGUCCUCAGUCAACAGACACCUACACCUACCUCUAGCGCAUCCACACCAAGCGAGAUGCAUGCACACACACAUCUGUCUGAGCAGGAUGGCUCUUCUGCACCAACCCCAGUCAUAGAGCAACCCCCUACGCUCAGUCCUGUCACAGACAUGGAUUUAGAUGUGCCAACAGCAGAAGAUGAUCAGUCGUCAGACUCAGAGGAGGCCUUGCCCUCAGGCCGACGAGCAUCUCUGUCAGACCUGACGUCAGUGGAGGACAUUGAGGCUCUGAGUGUGCGUCAGUUAAAGGAAAUUCUAGCCAGGAACUUUGUCAACUACAAAGGCUGCUGUGAAAAAUGGGAACUGAUGGAGAGAGUCACACGCCUUUACCAUGACCAGAAGGACCUGCACAACCUAGUUUCUAAUGCCGAAGAUGGAACAGAUCCCACAGCUGCGGCUAACAUGGAGGAAAACCUUUGUAAGAUCUGUAUGGACUCACCAAUCGACUGUGUGCUCCUGGAAUGUGGUCACAUGGUUACUUGCACCAAGUGCGGCAAGCGGAUGAGCGAAUGUCCCAUCUGCAGACAGUAUGUGGUUCGGGCUGUUCACAUUUUCCGAUCCUGAAUCAGCCCGUGUUUAGUCGGGGAUCAACACUGGCAGAUUUUUCUUCUCUUAAAGUGAACACUUAGCCCUUUGAGGACUACCAUUAAUGGCCUUACAGCUUAAUCUCCAACUUGCGCUGAUACUUUUUCUCUAGCUGGCUACAGUGUAAAAAAUUAAAAGGACAAAAGUAUAUUUUAGCAAUAAGAAAUGAAAUCGUUCUGCUGUUUUAGAGUCUGUUCAGCUGUGAAUAGGGUUUACUUUUUCUUAAAGACCUGUUGAAGUGCCUGAAGUAUCCUGGAUCUUUUUUUUUUUAAGUUUUAGGAUGUACUGUUCAAUCUACACACUUGGACUUGGACAGCUUAAACAAAUAUGUUAUAAAUUCCAGAUUAAAAAGACCAAAGUAGUUUUUUUUAAAUGCAAAUACACUGAUUAGGUGGAAAUAAGUGCAAAUACUGGAGCAUUAUAGUGUGUGCGACCAGGUUUGUGUGUUUCUUCUGCUGCUUUUUUUGACUGCAGUCACUGCAGACUCUUUACAAGACCAAAAUCUGUAGAAGAAAAUGCUGGGUCUUAACUGGAAUACUGGAUUUAAAAUGACUGCUGCACAAGUCGAAAGGCCUUCCUUCUCAGGAGUUUACACUUUUGUUAGAAGUCUAUUUUAAACUUAAGAAAAAUGAAUAGAAGCCCUGUAAAAUUUUGUUGUGUCUGUUUUCUACAAAACAAAUCAAGAAAUGAUUGCUGUAUCAAGUGGCGCAGCGGGAUAUUCCGCUAGCACACCAGCGCCGAGAUUCUGAACUCCUCGCUUCGAAACUCGGCGUUGCCACCGGUCGGCUGCGUGCCAUCUAGCGGGCAUAAUUUCCAGUGCCUGCAGCAGACUCUAAAUGGCUACUGUGUCUGCUAGGGUGAGAUGACCGGACUAUGUGGGUGGGGUCUUCUAAUGCUGUGCAAGGACCCUGAUUAGCAGGUAGAGGCGCCUGUGUGAAAAAGAAAGGGUCUGGUAGGGGACUGCGCAUGGGUCGUCGGAGGCGUGAGCAGGAAAUAUACUUUCCUCGAAUGCAAUCUGGGAUCCCCAGCAGUGGAAGACAAAUUGAAUAUGCUAUAUUGGGAGAAAAUUCAUAAAUAAAUACAACUUGGUCUUUAAUACUAUCCCAACAAAAAUGUGAUGUUGCUUACAUUUGAUUUCAAGUAGCCAAGAUAACAGCUGGCAUCACUUUUUUGAUACUACUGAAGCUGCUAGAAACUGAACCUUUACUAUUUUAGAAAUUGUCAUCACCAUUUUAAGUAAGUGAAUAUUUCUUGGUUACAAACAUAAUCCCCUCUUUUCUCUCAGCUCCUUAAUUUAAUUAUAGCAAAUUUUCCAUUUUCGGUCGACCCCUUCGAUACCUACAGAAAGAUGUCAGUGUUUGCCUGUAACAGUUCCUACAGUUCCACCCAUGUUGUCCGCAUAGAGCUAACCUAGCUGUCUUGAAUUCACUGUGUUUUGUAUCACAAAUUUUAUAUAUAGAAGCCUUUAAUAUUUGCAUAAAUAUAAACUGACUCACAACAACUGUCCUUAGACUUCAAUACUUGAAUAAUUUUCUCAGUACAGAGAAACUGACAAAUUGAUGCGUGUGUUAAUAAUGCACAUAUAGAGAUAGGGAUUUAUGCUAAAUUGUGAAGUGCUUCUUUUAAUAGAAUAACACAUCAUGUGAAUAUAUAAUCAGAUUUCCUUUGUUUGGUAAGCUGUUUGGUUUUUCUGCUGCAUGUAUUAGACCUCGUGCCUUCUAUUAAUACUGAUCGCAGAUCGCCUCAAACUUUAACUGCAUCACCUUGAUGAAAUACAACAGUGGCACUUAGGAACUCAGUUGCAGCUAGAAGCUGAUCCAGCUUUUCUGGAACCACUGGCUGAUUGAACUGUGGGAUGAUAUACAGCAUCUCGUCUCCAGGAACUCCUUGUCGUAAGGUGAAAUAUGAACGCCACUUUUCAACUGUAACUUCGUUCCAGUAAAGCUAGAAGAGUGUGCCAAAAUCAGAUUACUUUGGCUGACUAUUGCACUAGGAAUCACAUGAUACCCAGAUGAGUGCGUGUAUACCUCGGUGCCUUCAGCUUUUCCUGGAUGAAUGGAAACUGAUGAGGAGAAUGCAUGUGGAAAUAAGAUAUGCUUGUUGCACUUAAGAGCCUGGGAAUUUCUGCAUAGCUCUGGCCUGUAUCCAACCUUAAAAAUAUUUCUGUGGAACUGAAAAUGCCUUAUUUUAGACUGGACGUGCUGACACCAUAAAAUUGGCACCUUAAAACCAUAUAAGUUGAAUGUUAUUGUACAUUUGUCAGGGAUAUGUACUGUACAUAUGUCAUUACAGUCUUGUGGUUUUAAUGAUUUCUGCAACCUUUUUUUUCAACAUUCACUAUUUUGUCAAAAAAACAAAUAACUGACUGAAUAUAAUUGGUGACUUUAGAGUUUUCCAGUCAUUUCCAGUUUAUAGCAGACCUGUGGUUUGUUGUGCUUCUUAGACUACUUCUGACCAUCCAGACUCAUUUCUCUUUUGCAACAUUUAAAUAACUGACUGACUGUAACUGAUGACGUCUUUGUUCCCACAUAUAUGGCCUAGUAUAACUGCACCCUUUACAAAUCUCAUAGAACACUGGUCUCAGAUCUUGCCAGAUGCAUUCCAUUCUCGACAGUGUCAGGUGUUUGCCAGUCAUUUCCAGUUUAUAUCAGACAUGUGGUUUGUUGUGCUUCCUGGACUACUUCUGACCAUCCAGACUAAUUUAAAUUUAGCUUUAGUGGUUUUCUCUGCCCCACCCAUGGCACGAGAAUGGAUCACUGUUCUAUGUAGAGUACUUUUUACAACAGGUGCAGUCGAGGUCACCAGCUGUAGUUAACCAUAAUCACCAACAAGGAUUAGAAGACUAUUUUCCCGAAUGUUAUACAGAUCAAUAAUUGUAGUUGCUGUGUGUAUAUUUUUGGACUGAAUAUUUUUAAAACAUGCACAAACUGAUUUGAUCCAGAAAAAAACCCUUCCCAAUAUAUUCUAGAACGGAAAUCAUAACUUGAAAUCUCAAGACUGUUAUUACAUACACAUUUCUUACAAGUGCACAAAAUCUUGACUUGUACAUGAACAUCUCAGGUUUUGCUUAGUGUGCUUAAGAAUGUAUUGUUUGGAUGGAAUGUUAGAAUACAGUAGUCGCACUAGAAUGCUAAUUAUUGUAAAAUUGUCAUAAAGGCUAUAAAUCAGUCCAAUCAGUCAUUUGUCUCUAAACAUUACCUUUAAAAUAAUUAGAUUUGUUUAAUAUUUUACUGUCAUCGAAUCCAGGGACCUGCACUGUUCUUCUACGCCUUUACUGAUUGUUACUGACACAACUGUAACAAAAUGCCUUAAACGUUUUAUUUUUCUAACUGUGAAGUUCUUUUAAAGGAUGCUUAGACUAGGAAAAUAAUUCAAUUCAAAUUGGCUUCUGCACAAGGUUUGUUUUGUUGGGUUUUUUUGGUCUUUAAAGUGAUUCAUUUCUGCAUCUGUACUUGAUUAACAAUUUUGUUUUUUUGUGUUUGUUUUUUUUUCUUGGUGUUUUUAAGUGGAGUUUUUAUAUUAAAAUAUUUUCUGGGAUUUUAUGUUGUGUCUUUCCCAUGCUCGAAAAAGGCAUGGCUUGUUAAAGCUAACAGCA